CGCAGCGCCCGAGAAUAGUGUGUAUUUUACUAUUUACACCACCAGUGAGGUGACUUGUACCCUAGGCAGGUUACUAACGGACUACUUAGUUCCUGUUACUAACAAAUUCUGAUACCCUAAGCAACUAGAACCAAACUGCCAACCGACCUUUCUUCUGCCCCGCUGAUUUAAACCUCCUCUUGCCUUGUCUCCCUCCCGCCUGCUCGCUUUAGCUCCUGCUCCGUCGCCUCCCGUCAAUGUUGUCCAUCCACCAUAGCGUCUUCUUCCCGCCGCGUGCUCUUCCGACAGAAUGUCUUCCUUCUCUCGACAAUAAUGAUCAUCAGCGUCAUCCUCUCCGACCAGACCAAGACCAGGACGACGACAACGACGAAGACCGCGGCGGAGUUGGCGUUGGUGGUGGUGGUGGUGGUGGUGGCCGCAGCGACUCCUCUUCUUCUUCUUCCUCCUCCUCCCCCGCCGCCGUUGAUCUGCUGCCCCCCGCCUUUGACGAUAACGCUUCUCACAGCGCCAGCGUCAGCACCGACGAUGUUUCCGACGAUAUAUCUGAAUCGGUUGACAGUUCACCCGUCACGGAAUUCGAUGGAAUAGACAGAGCCGACCGACUCCUCGAUAGGGGGGGGGCUCUCACCCACUACUCUCUUACUUCCGUCACGGUCGCAUCUGCCGCCGCCGGCUCCUCCUCCUCCUCCUCCUCCUCCUCCUCAUCCUCUCUCAUCACCGCUUCGCUCGAUAAUUCAAUCGAUAACAAUCUCGACUCCGUCGUCCCCAAGAUUGAACAGAUCGACGACUUCAGUAACUUUAAACCUAUAGUGGAGCCUGCCGUCGGGAGCCCCGUCGUCCACGUUCCACGGAAACGAGGCCGCCCACGCAAACACCCGCUGCCUGUGCCCGGCGUGCAGGUCAAGGUGACCAAGGGUCGCUCCAAGACGGGGUGUAUUACUUGUCGUCGGCGUAAGAAGAAGUGCGAUGAGACCAAGCCUGCCUGUCUUAACUGUCAGAAGAAUGCUGUGGUAUGUGAGGGCUAUCCUGCCAAGGAGAUCUGGAAGAGUGGCAAACAGAAGCUGGAGAAUGCACGCUGCGUCGUUACCAUCCCCCGCACGUUGCCCUUCUUGAUCGAUGGAAUUGAAACAGAGAUCGACCGGCGGUUCCUUGACCACUUCGUGCACGGAUUCAGCCGUGUGCUGACCCUCAUAAACGAUGACUCGAACCCGUUCAAGGAGAUUCUGUUGCCCAUGGCGUGCCAGCAUCGUGGCUUGAUGCACUCGCUCAUGUGUCUGUCUGGUUCGCACCUGUCUGGGCUGGACCCGGAACCGGAGCUGCGCGAGCGCAAGUACUACCACUUCCACCAGGCCAUCUCCGACCUCAAGGACAGCAUCAACGCCCGGGAGGAGAGUCGGGCGGAUUCGGGCUUGGGCUCGGGCUCGUCCGAACCCGAACUGUUGGUCGAGGACCCGAUCAUCGCCUCGACCAUCGCCCUCAGCCUCAACACCAUCUGCGAGGGGGAGACCAACGGCGAGUACCGCCCCCAUAUGGACGCCGCGCGGUACCUGCUGGUCACGCAGCAGCCGCGCAACGAAAAGUUCCGGCAGUUCAUCGUCGAGUUCUUCCAGUACCACGACGUCUCCAACUCCAUCACGUCGCUGGACCGGCGGCCCACCCGCCUGCCGAGCGCCCUGCGCCUGCCGGACUUUGUGCCCAAACCCGCGGGAGCCUUCCUGGGCGUGUUUGACGGCCUCUUCGACUACAUCUCCGACGUGACCAGCCUGCGCGACCGCAUCCGCCAGCGCUUCCUCGAGGGCUACGAGCCGGCCGUCGACUACCAAACCCUCAGCGAGGCCGUGCGCAUCGACAGCGCCAUCCGCGCCUGGGAGACCUCCCACCAACUCGGCACGCCCAACUACUUCCUCGCCCAGCUCUACCGCCAGUCCACCUGGGUCUACCUCUACCGCACCAUCCGCCCGUCCCGACCCAGCGCCAAGAUCGCCCAGGUCGUCAACGACGGCCUUGCCUACCUCGACCAGCUGCCCCAGGACGCCGGCGCCUACAGCAUCGUCCUCAUGCCUUUGUUUCUUCUCGGCUGCUCCGCCUUUGAACCCGCCCAGCGCGACCGUAUCCGCCAGGGCUUCCACACCCUCAAGGCCUACUCCAACCUGCGCAACAUCGAGCCCGCCUUCAAGGUCGUCCAGCGCGUUUGGGAGGUCAUGGACACCAAAACCGAGGACAGUUGGGACUGGGAAAAGAUCAUCAAGGAUAUGAACAUGGAUUUCCUCAUCACUUAAUCUAUUUUCUCCUUGCCCCGGAACUUCUUGGAUUCUCUGAGAUGAUUUUUUUUUUCUAUACCCUGGAGUUUCUUUUUCUUUCUCUCUCUCUCUCUCUCUCUCUCUCUCUUCCUUCUCUUUACCUUGUUGUUGGUUUCAUCUUGCAUGAGCGCGGAGGAUGGUGUUGAAGUC